UUCCUAUAUCGUACGGUCUAUACGCUUCUUAAAGCUUUGGGUUCGAUCUAAGGCGUUGCGAGAAAGCCAAGAAUUCGUUGUUCGUUUGGCAAUUAUUUCAGUAAUAUCACGAAGUUCGUUGUUAGAUUUUUUAUGGUGUUUGUAUUGUUUUCGUCUUCCGAAUUUAAUUUAAGAAAAUUUGUAAAGAUCGAUUUAGUCGUCGAAAAGUUGAAAGGAGUUAAAAAAAAUAUUUUAUCUUUCGGAUAAUCAUCGUUGAAGGACGUUCGAACGUAGAAAUUUUGAAUGGGAGGAGACGUAAAAAAUGAUUGUUUUUGUUAGCCACCGUCAAAACUGAUUUAUAAUCGAAUUUUAUGUUGACCGCGUGAGAUUCUGGAUAUCGUCGUAACGAGCCUUCCGAUAUCAUCGCCAAAAUUGUCCCACCAUCUUGGCAAAGUUUCCGAGAUGCCAUUGCAUUGCAUCGCCAACCCGUUGCAACGGGAGUUGGCCGACGCCAUUAUAAGGUUGCAACCGCUGGAUGAAAUUCGGAUACUUCUCGCAUGCGGUGCAAGGCCGAAUGAGCCGGUAACCCAAGGUCUGAGACCUCUUCAUUACGCCGUAUGGCAGAGAUACACCGAUGCGGCUCAAUUGCUUUUAGUUCGUGGUGCUGAUAUCGAUGCUACCGACGAGUGCGGAUAUUCCGCGUUGCAUCUUGCCGCUGAGCAUGGUUAUCACGACCUCGUUAAACUUCUAUUAAAAUACGGAGCGAAGGUCGAUCAUAGAAAAGACACUGGGGAACUAUUUCCCAGGACCAUGUUGUGCGACGAGCCUCUACGAUUAGCUUUGAGGAAUCGCCACGUCGAAGUGGCUAGGACUUUGUUGGAAGCUGGCGCCAAUCCAAACAAGAGAUAUUUCUUCGGUUCGGAGAUUAAUUUGGUUUCUCCGUUGGAUCUGGAGUGUAUGGAACUUUUAUUGGCCUUUGGCGCUCAACCUAAUAUGAGGGAUCGAGCUGGAUUGACCCCUCUAAUGAAGGCAACGAGAUCACCUCAGGGUAUCGCAUCUGUACUUCUGUUGUUGAGUUACGGAGCGGACGUGAAUUCUAUGGCCGAUGCCAGGCAUGAUUUUCGAACGGUUCUGCAUUAUGCGAUACUCGGUGGCGAUCCAGCAGUUAUCAAUCUUCUGCUAAAACAAGGUGCCAGGCUAGACCUUGGACCAGAUUACCAAAAGCCGACCGCAUUAGAUUUGGCUAUACUCAAGGGUGAUCCUUCGAUUGUCGAGAUGUUAUUGGAGUCUGGUGCGGACGUGAAUGCAACAUCACCAAUCAUUGGAUCAGCCCUUCACGUCGCUUGCGCGGACAACAUACCGAAUAGACUCCAAAUUCUUCAAAUGCUGUUAGAACGUGGCGCUGAUCCUAAUCUCGUAAUACGUAGCGACGAAGGUCUCUCGUUGCGUCCGGUUUUAGCGGAAUACGUAGCAUCUAACGAAAACCCGUCGGUCGAAGUUGUCGCGCUUUUGCUCAAAUAUGGAGCACGGGUUGUCAUAAAGACGCAGUUUCGCGAUCCACACGGCAUUUUAAAUUCCCUUCAGAAUACGGCAGAUAAACCUAGACUUUUAAGGGCACUCUUAGAAGCAGCGGAAAGUUUCGAUCCUUGUAUGAUAAAGAGAUCGAGUAGUUUGACCGACGCACAGAAGGCACUCGUUAUGGAAGCAGCGAGAACGCCUUUACCUUUGACCCAUCAAGCUAGGCUUAUAGUGCGCAAAUUAUGCGGCACUAAAUUACCGAAAAUCGUUAGAGAUCUUCAGUUACCCCAGUCGUUACAUCGGUAUCUUCUUUACGACUUUCAUUAGCGAUUCAUUCGAUUUCGUUCGAGAUUAUCGUUUGCUCACAAAAUAUCUAUCUAAUCAUUUCGCGAAAUGAUAUAACGAGGCUCUCCUUUUGCCGUUUAUUUAUACAUAUUAUUCCAUUUUCUUUCUUUUUUUUUUUUCUUAUUUUUUUUUCCAUCGCGUUUGAAACAUCCAUUUUUUUCUUUGUUUUUCUUUUGCGAAUUGACAAGGAUAGUUAUAUGGAAAAUCGAAAUCGAUACGAAAUUUAACUUUCUUAAAAGUUACCACUGUCGUGAGAUCUCCGUGUACGUGUAUUUCGUGCGUCUUUCAUCUACCUGAUUUGCGUAUCUCGAGAGAGACAGAGUGUGUGUGAGCGAGAGAGAGAGAGAGAGAGAGAGAGAGAGAGAGAGAGAGAGAAAGAGAGAAAGAGAAAGAGAGACGUUCUCUGCUGAAGAGAUCAUAAUUGAUCGAGGAACGUUGCAGUUUGAAAAACGUUACGUAUGUUAUACGAGUUGGAGUUCAUUCGGUACUUAUGGAACUACUCUUCUCUUUAGAAUCUAAGUUUUACGAUUAAUUUUAGUAUUAUAGCGUUUCGUACGAGAGAAUCUCGAGGAUCGUGUUUCUUUAAUCUUUAGAAUCGCCUUGCUAUAUCGUGUUGAACGGUGAUAGCAAUGUAUAAGGGAAAAAAAAAUCCUUCCAAAAAAAAGAAUAUGUUGCAGAUAUCUGCAAGUUUCGUACGCUAAGAGAUAUUUAAUUUUGUACCUUUGUACACGAAGAAGUUAGCACACGUGCGUGCACAUACAGAGAGACACCCAUACAGUGUUGUGAUAAUAAAGAAGAUACUGAAAA